UUGGUAUGACAAUACUUGUCUUGAUAGUAAAGGAAGAAUUUGGCUGGUUUGGAAUCCAAGGGGGGUUGAUGUUACAGUCUUGCAGUCUUCUUUACAAUAUAUUCAUUGUUGUGUUAGAGAUUCUGCUAAAAAUAUGAAGUUCGAAUUUACUGCAGUUUAUGGACUUCACACCGUAGAUGAUAGGAAAGGGUUGUGGGAUGACUUGAAAUCACUUGAAACUGGCAUUCAAGAUCCCUGGCUAGUUAUGAGGGAUUUUAAUGCAGUACUCAAACAGGAAGAUAGGAAAAAUGGCAGCCAAAUUCAAGAUGGGGAACUAAGGGAUUUUGAAAACUUCCUAAAUAGCACGAGCUUAGCUGAAAUGAAAUCUGUGGGGAGGUAUUAUACAUGGACCAAUAAUCAUGUAUAUAGCAAGAUCGAUAGGGCACUUGUUAAUCACGUGUGGUUGUCACUGUGGCCCCAUCUAGAGGUUGCUGUGAGGGAUCCAUACUUCUCAGAUCAUGCCCUAUUGUGUAUUACUUUGACAGAACAAUAGAAUAAGUGCGCUGGGCCUUUUAAAUUCCUAAACCACUUAGCAGAUCAUCAUGGGUUCUUGCAAAUUGUUGAGAGGACAUGGAACACACCUGUACGAGGUAGCCCCAUGGAGAGAUUAUGGUUAAAAUUGAAGAUGAUGAAGCAACAAAUGAAGAUGUUGAAUGCAACAAAUUUCUCCAAAGUUGAUGUGAGAGUGCAAAUAGCUAGGCAACAACUAACUGAACUACAUGAGCAUAUGAGAGACAGUUCACCAGCACAUGAGUUGUACAUCAAGGAAAAAGAGCUUAAGGAAAAUCUAGAGAAAUGGAUAUUGGUUGAAGAAAGCAUAUUGAGGCAGAAAUCUAGAGUACAUUGGUUAAAACUAGGAGACACAAAUUCUACUUACUUUCAUGCUAAUAUAAAAAAUAGAAUAACUCAGAAUCAGAUCAGAAGCCUAGUAUCAGACAGGGGUGAGAUGAUACAGUCUGAAAAAGGUAUUGAAGAUGAAAUUUUAGGUUUCUAUAAGCAAUUGUUGGGUGCUAAUGCCACACAGUUGCCCGCAAUCCAUCCUAGCAUAAUGGCAGAAGGCCCUAUACUAAAUAGAGAACAACAAAUCCAACUUAUUGAACCUGUUACAAAGGAGGAGAUCUGUCAAGCUUUGAAGAGUAUCUCUGACUUAAAGGCCCCAGGUUGUGAUGAGUUCAAUGCAUGCUUCUUUAAAAAAGCUUGGCCCAUCAUUGGUGAUGAAGUUUCCGAUGCGAUCCAACAGUUCUUUAGCUCAACAAAGAUGUUCAAAGCUAUCAAUUGCACCACUGUCACAUUGAUACCAAAGCUUCAAGUCCGUCAUUUAGUAGUAGCAAUCUGUUUGAAAAUAGAGCAUUUGGAGCAACCUCAUCAGCAGUAUUUGCUCAACCUAUUGGAAGUUCAGUGUCUUUUGGCGGUAAAAACGAGAACCACAGCCUCUAGUGCAACAAAUAGUGCUACAGCUUUUCAAACACAAGACAAAUCUCUGGGCUCGUCGUCCACUUUACCAACAUUUGGAAAGAAAUAUGAAGGUAAUGGUGUGUCCAAUGAAUCUUUGUUGUGGUCCAGGGAUGCCAGUGUUUCAGCUCCGGCAUUUGGUGUUACAAGCAACUCACACUUUGGCAUGUCAAGCACUCCCACAUUUGGUUCCUGCUCCUUUGACAAGCCAGCAGUAUCCACGUCAGGCAUAUCUGGAUUUGGUGGCCUCCUCGUACCAAGGCCUUUUAACGAAUCAACAGUCGAGCACUUUGGUACGUCAAGCACUCCAAGAUUUGGUUCCUACUCCUUUGGCCAGCCAGCAGUAUCCAUGUCAGCUUCAAAUCCGUUAUUUAGCAGCAGCAAUAUGUUUGGUUCUACACCCGAAAUUGGACAGACUAGACCACUGUUUGGAGAUAGAGCAUUUGGAGAAACCUCAUCAGCAUCAUCCGUAUUUGCUCAACCUAUUGGAAGUGCAGUGUCUUUCAAUGGAACCACAACAUUUAAUGCAGCAAACAAUGCUACAGCUUUUCAAACGCAAGACAGAUCUCUUGGCUCGUCCACUUUAUCAACAUUUGGAAAGAAAUAUGAAGGUAAUGGUGUGGCCAAUAAACCUCUGUUGUGGUCCAGGGAUGCCAGUGUUUCAGCUCCUGCAUUUGGUGUUGCAAGCAACUCACACUUUGGCAUGUCAAGCACUUCCGCAUUUGGUUCCUACUCCUUCGUCCAGCCAGCAGUAUCCACAUCAGGUGACAAAGCUUUACAUUAUAGUCCCUUUUUCCCAUGUACUAGAGCAGGUUAUUCAACAUUCUUGGGGNAGCCAGCAGCAUUUGUCUCAGGUAAAGAAAGUACAGCACCAUUGCUCAAGAGCUUUAGUUUUGGAAAGGCAGCAUUUGGUUUCAAUCAGAAAGGAAGUAGAAUAGCAUCAUACAUCGCAACUCCAGAGAAAGAUAGCACAAGACCAGGUGAAACAAUUCAGUCCAUUUGUGGCAUGCACACUUAUAAAGAUAAAAGCCAGGAGGAGUUGCGGUUUGAGGACUAUCAGUUAGGCACAUCUGGAUUUGGUGUCAUUGACAACUCAAGGACUUUUCAAUCACCAGUAUUUAACCAAUCAACUUUUGAUCAUCCAAAUCCAUUUGCCGUGGAAAGAGAACCUUCUUCUGGCCGUUGUCCAAAUCCAUUUGCCGUGAAAAGAGAACCUUCUUAUUGUCAUCCUCCAAAUCCAUUUGUCGUGAAAAGAGAACCUUUUGAUUUUCAUCCUCCAAAUCCAUUUGGCGUGAAAAGAGAACCUUCUUAUUGUCAUCCUCCAAAUCCAUUUGUCGUGAAAAGAGAACCUUUUGAUUUUCAUCCUCCAAAUCCAUUUGGCGUGAAAAGAGAACCUUCUUAUUGUCAUCCUCCAAAUCCAUUUGUCGUGAAAAGAGAACCUUUUGAUUUUCAUCCUCCAAAUCCAUUUGGCGUGAAAAGAGAACCUUCUUAUUGUCAUUGUCCAAAUCCAUUUGUCGUGGAAAGAGAACCUUUUGAUUUUCAUCCUCCCAAUCCAUUUGCUGUGAAAAGAGAACCUUCUUAUUGUCAUUGUUCAAAUCCAUUUGCCAUGGAAAGAGAAACUUUUGAUUUUCAUCCUCCAAAUCCAUUUGCCGUGAAAAGAGAACCUUCUUAUUGUCAUUGUUCAAAUCCAUUUGCCAUGGAAAGAGAAACUUUUGAUUUUCAUCCUCCAAAUCCAUUUGCCGUGAAAAGAGAACCUUCUUAUUGUCACUGUCCAAAUCAAUUUGCCAUGAAAAGAGAACCUUCUUAUUGUCACUGUCCUAAUCCAUUUGUCAUGAAAAGAGCAGAGUUUGAUUCUCUAUCAAAAGAGAAGUCUAUCACCACUCCAACUGGCACUGGAACUAGAGUGGCAUCUUAUGCUGCAACUAGAGAAGUGGAAGGACAAUAUUUAAACUUUUUGUCAAUCUCUGCUAUGCCAAUGUAUUCUAAUAAAAGCCACGAGGAGUUGAGGUUAGAGGACUAUGAAUCUGCAAACAAAGGGGCUGCAUCAAUUUCACAAAGUAAACCAUUGGAGUCUUCAUCAGGAUCUACUGCCUCAAAUGUAUCUUUUUCUCCAUGGAUCCAUUUAAGUCCAUUUGCUGCACCUUUGAAACCAGAUUCUAGCUCUCCGAUUACCUCUGCCCUUUCUUCCGCUCCUAUUUUAACUACAGGAGCAGCUCCACAAUCCACAUUAUGCUCGAACUGCCUAAACAAGUUUCAAUCUUCCUGCCAGCUGCAGCCUACUUCCCCAAGACUUUGUGAUGUAUCUAUUGGGUUGGAGAACUUGACUACAUCCUCUCAGCUUUCCACAGGCUAUCCACUUGGUCCAAGUCAAAAACCUCUGUUCGUUGGUCCUCUGCACCCAGGAAUGACUCCAAAUGUUGGAGAAACACUUCCUACAGCCAUCUCUUCUCAUCCAGCAACAGGGAUGCAUGAUGGAGUCAAAGUUAAUGACAGUUGUGGCAAGCCCAACUUAGCGCCUGAAGAGAUGCAUUAUGAUAAUUCUAGAAAGCUGAAACCUUGUUUUCAAGUUUCAGUUGAAAGUGCUGCUGAAGAAGCCAUGGAUAGCAAGCAUGAUGAUAAGGAUGUUGAUGCCAUAAUGCCCAAGCUCCAACGUUCUGAUUACUACACAGUUCCUCCUAUCCAGGAAUUAAUAUCAAAGGAGAAGGAAGAACCUGGUUUCUGUAGCCACGUGACGGACUUUGUGGUAGGAAGACAUGGCUAUGGAAGCAUCAAGUUCUUGGGAGAAACAGAUGUCCGGAAGCUUGAUCUUGAUUCUGCUGUCCAUUUUAACUGUCGUGAGGUGAUCAUCUAUAUGGACGAGAGCAAGAAACCUCCAGUUGGACAAGGCCUCAACAAGUCAGCUGAGAUAACUCUCCUUAAUGUCAGAUGCAUCAACAAAUCGAACGGGAAGGAGUACACAGAUGGACCAAUGAUUAACAAGUACAGAGAUAUGCUUAUUAAGAAAGCAGGAGUGCAUGGUGCAGAAUUUGUUUCUUAUGAUCCAGUAAAAGGGGAGUGGGCAUUUGAAGUGUCACACUUUUAGAAUGAUAUUGAGAUCUCUCUAGUUACUUGCACUAAACAUUGGGAUUUCAAAAAAGCUGAAACUUUCUUGAUUGAUGCUGUGACAUUAUCAAACUUAAUAUAGUUAUAGUUGAAUUGGAUUUGACUCUGAUAUAUGAGGUGAAGCAUUCAUUGCUGCAAGUGUACUCAAUCAACAGAUUUGGUUUUGGUUUUGGCUAUCUUCUAA